AUGUUCAACUAUCGCGAGUCUCAACAAGGCUCUUCUUCAUAUAGCGGAGAAUCAAACGGCAUCCCUUUUAACGAACCACCUUCACCAGUCGAAGCAAGUCUUCUUUGGUUAGAUACUCUCAAGGCUAUUAACAAAUAUGACUGGAAAAUUGGACACUACUUAAGAAAGGGAAAUAACAGAGAGAAGCUGAACUUCGUUCUACUUCCCAAGACAGACGAAGAAUUAAGAAAGCUAAAGACAAACUUGGAGAAUAACCGCAAAGCAAUUCUCAUCAACAAUGCUGAUAUUAAUGAAGUUGCUGAAAGCAUCAAAAGACUUGAUAUCAGAGAAAAACGAGUUGUUAAUGCGAUAAAGAUUCUAAACUUGUUUGGGGUGGUUGGUAAUAUUGAAGAGUUGACUAGAACUAUUAACCAAAUGGGUCUCUAA